CGGUGUCACUCGCGCCGCGGUGCUGGUGGGACGUCGCUAUGGAUCUCUUCGUGGCCUUGGCCCUGGUGGCUCUCUUCUCCCUACCCAGCCUGGAUGCCGUGGAGCGUACUCCAAAGGUUCAGGUGUAUUCCCGUCAUCCGGCAGAGAAUGGAAAGCCGAACUUCUUGAAUUGCUAUGUGUCUGGGUUUCAUCCCCCGCAGAUUACGGUUGAUCUGUACAAGAACGGUCAGAAGAUCACAGAGAAGGUAGAACGGUCAGACUUGGCCUUCAGCAAUGACUGGUCGUUCUAUCUCCUGGUCCACACUGAAUUCAUUCCUAAUGGAAAAGAUGAGUGGGCCUGCCGUGUGGAGCAUGUGACUCUCAAGGAGCCCAAGAUAGUGAAGUGGGAUCGAGACAACUAACCAGAAUCACUGAGCAUUUAAAGAGACCCCAUUUGGAUUGGACUAAUUUCAGUUUUUUUCUUUAUUUUUAAAAAACUAUCCUCCUGCUUCAUACGGUGAUCAUCUGUCUUUGGGAGCCCCACUCCCAGGUGUGGGGUGUGAGAAGGUAGCGCUAGAAGCCUGGCAGCAUGGAGCUGGGGAAGAGAAAAUUCAACACCAAGUUCCACAUUAACCUCUUGGCCAAAUCUGAACUCUUCUAUUCUGCACUCAAAGCUUGGCAAUAAGGCAUUUCUGUGUAUUCAGAAUUAAACUCACAUAUGCAUGCUCUGCUUAGAAAAAAUGACCCAAAUUUAGAAAAAAUGGCCAGGAUUUUAGAAAUUUGUAAUAGUGGUUGAGAUGUAUCACAUAAAACUCAUUUUCUGCAAGUAAAAAUUGGCAGCGCAUACUUUUAUUUUGAUCUUGUUUUACUAAUAAAAAACUACUCAACCCGA